AUGUGUUGCCAGUAUCCACUCGUGCUUAUUCGGACUUCACGUUUCUACUUUGUUAAUGUUUGCCGUACGGUUAUGAUGGAUGAUCACAUGUACGUCGGUGACCAUUAUGAACAUGGUGCUGCUCUACCGACACAAGCUGGUGAUGUACGGCAGUAUGUGAGUCCACAAGCCGCCUCCGAACCGAAAUUCGUUAGUUCACAUCGUUAG